GGUCUGUGUGUUACUAAAAACCACUUUACGCGGGACUUCGGAUUCAGAUUCAGAUUCAGAUUCAGAUUCAGAUUCAUAUGGGAGGCAAAAAGGGAAAAGAAAGGAAAGAAGUGGAAGGCGAAAGAGAACCAACCAACUGAAGUUAUUCACAUUCCGAACAAAUCCUCCAUCAAAGAACAAAGUUGAGACACGAAUUCCUCCUCCGUACCAAGACACCAUAUAUGAUUUGGACGAAAAGAGGACCGGCGUCAUAAUACUACGACUGAUUCAGACGGAAAUUCAUACUAGAAUCAAGGGAAACGAACAAGAUGAAUCCCCCUCCACAACCUCCUCUACCUGGAGGUUCUAAUGCUCAACCAGCUCCCAGAAGAUCAAUUCGUGGACCUCAAUCCGCAUUGACCGAUUUCCUGGCUGCUCACAAUAUCGAUGCCAAUCAGAUUCGUCAAGAUGCGAAUGCUCGUCGAGCUGCGGCCCUCGCUUCACAACAAACCGCUGAAGGAAACGAAGAUGCGGAUGAUGUAGAGGGAGAAGAGGAAUUGGCAUCUGCUGCGCCUGCUACACGUACCCGUUCCCGCCGAAAUGAAAGCGAAGCACAAAAGAAUAAGAGAAAGAAGGAAGAAGAAAAAGCAGUUGCCAAAAUCAAAGCCUCUAAAAAGUUUCAACGCCAGAGAGCUUAUGGAUCAGAUGAAGAUAUGACCGAUGAAGAUGAAGCCGCCCUACGAUUGUUCAAUGAAAGCAUGGCCCCCCUACCCGAUCAAAUGGAGAAUUGUGAACUUUGUGAAAAGAGAUUCACUGUCACAGCAUACAGUCGAGCCGGUCCAGAUGGAGGUCUUCUCUGCCCACAGUGUACAAAAGAACUCAAUAAGGAAGAAGGGCAAGCAAAAAAGAAACGAAAGUCUCAAGCUGGAGCACAAAGAAGAAAGAUUCAAAGUAAUCUUCUAGAUGGUGUAUAUCCAGGCGCCAAAGAUCUAAUGACCCUGUGUAUCGAAACCUUGGCCAAAAAUGUCGACAUGGCCGAUGACUUGGGAGAUUUACCGGAACCACUCAUGGAUAAAUUGUCAGCUAUACUUUCUAAGAGGCGUCUUUUACGUUCCAAUACUUUGAAUUUAUUCCUUCAGAAUGGUCGCGAAGUCAUCACCAUCUAUGAAGGUGCAUACUUAAACUCAGAUGAUUAUAUUCGAAUAUUUCAAGUUGUACCAAGUGUCAAAUCAUUACGCAUUCGAUCUGGUAUUCAAUUCAAAGACAAAGUAAUGGAACACCUUAUAGCAUCUACUGUCAAACUUGAGCAUCUGAGUUUGUCUGGUAGUAAUCUUAUAAGUGAUGAGAAUUGGAACCGUUAUUUCACGGAGAAAGGCUCACACCUCAAAUCUUUCAAGGUUUACUAUACAGAUGGCCAAUUUGGGGACGAUCAAAUCGAUAUGAUCACCAAGACAUGUCCUCAACUAAGUCGUCUCAAAAUCACCCAUAACCAAAAAGUCACUGAUGCUGGUAUUGCACACAUUUCGCGUAUCUCUACUCUUCAACAUCUCGGUUUGGAAAUUCACCAAACCAAAACCUCAGAACCAUAUGUUCAGAUUCUUGAUAGUGUUGGACCUCAACUUCAAACUCUCUCUCUUGGCCAAGUUCAUGAAAUCAACGAUUCUGUCUUGAACGCUAUUCAUGAGAAUUGUCAAAACCUAAACAAAUUGCGCAUCACAGACAAUAGUGUCUUAACAGAUGCAGGAUUUGCAAACCUUUUCACAAAUUGGUUAAAUCCUCCUCUUUCAUUUAUCGAUCUAUCCAAAAACCGUCAUAUCGAUGCUUCCGUUCCUCGCGAUAAUCCUGAUAAUAUCGGUCUCUGUUCCCUCGGCUUUCAAGCCUUGAUGGCACAUUCAGGUCUCACUCUCCGUUAUCUAGAUAUCAAUUCUUGUCGUCAUAUUUCCCUGACGAGUUUUGAAAAGACAUUUUCACUUGAAAAGGAAUAUCCAGAACUAGAGGAGAUGAAUAUUAGUUUUUGUCAGGAAGUUAAUGAUUUUGUAGUUGGAAGUAUCUUUAAGACUUGUCCGAAAUUGAAGAAGUUGAUCAUAUUUGGAUGUUUUAAGGUUAGGGAUGUGAGGGUUCCGAAAGGAAGAAUUCUCAUAGGUAUGCCUAAUGCGAUGGGGAUGCAAAUUGAAGGGACUGGGGAUGGAGGUGAUGGGAUGAGUGCUUGGUGAGGGGAGGGGAGGUGAGGUGGGGAUGAGGAUUGGUGAUUGAAGAGUGGUUGUCUGGGUUGAGACUGCAAUAUUCAGGCCGGAUCAUUACUGGAUACAUGUAAUGUGAGGUGGGUGAUUGAGACUUGAGAGUACUUUACGAAUGGAUGGAUACAUGCAUGGUGUUUAUGGAUAGUUAACUAAAUUAUGGCUUGCUUGUGUAGUUUCAUGAGAAAUCAAAUAGAUUAUCAUGUUGAUGUAAUAAUGAUGAUUCUUUUAAAUUUUAUUUUCAAAUGAUAUUUUCUUUCUA